AUGUUAAUUGAGUUUGACUCAGCAGGGAAAAGUUUGACAGGUCCCAUGUUUUGCAUUGAGGCCUUGUUUGAGUCAAGCUGCCGUCUGACUCGAGCAAAAAGGCCGGGGGCUUGGGUUUUGGUUGCACGAGGGCUGGGAUUAAAACCAUCCCCAACAGUUGCUGCUACUGUUGCUGCUACUGUUACACCGGUACGGCAUCUCUCGGCUAUCAAGUUAAUUGUCCAGAAUUACUCCGCGGCCCAGUCUGUCCGUCCUGCACUGCAAAUCUGA